UGUCCCCACUGCAGAAAUCGUGAUGGAGAUGCCUGGAAGCUUCGCGAUCCUGGCCAUGCUGCUGGCCAUGGUGCUCGCCGCGCCCCACGACGGCGACCACAUGGGCCACACGCCCGAGCACUUCCACCACCUGCACCACAGCCCUGAGGAGGUGCACAGCCACACGGGCAACGAGAGCAUCCUCAAGCUGUCCCCGCCCAACGCCAACUUCGCCUUCGCACUCUACAAGCGCCUGAGUGCCAAGGCGGCCGCCUCCCAGAACAUCUUCUACUCCCCUCUGGGCAUCUCCACCGCCCUGUCCAUGCUGGCAGCCGGCGCGGCCGGAGACACCCACAGCCAGCUCUUCAGCACGCUGGGCUACAGCGGCGAGCAACUCACCCAGGCACAGGUGGACGAGUCCUACGAGCACCUGAUCCACGUUCUGGGCCACAACCAGAAGAUCCAGCAGCUGGAGCUCGGCAACGCGCUGGCCGUGCGCAAAGAGUUCAAGCCGAUGGUGAAGUUCGUGUCGGACAUCAAGCACUACUUCGCGGGAGAGACCUUCGAGGUGGACUUCUCCAACGCCGCCGACGCCGUGGCCAAGAUCAACGAGUACAUCGCCGCCAAGACCGCGGACAAGAUCAAGGACCAGGUGAAGGAGCUGGACCCCGACACGGCCAUGGUGCUCAUCAACUACGUCUUCUUCAGAGGAACCUGGGACAAGACCUUCGACCCCGCCCACACCUCCAAGAAGGACUUCCAGGUGGACGCCACCACCAAGGUGGAGGUGGACAUGAUGAAGAGGACGGGUCGCUACGAGUUCUACCAGGACCAGGACAACCACACCACCGUCAUCAUGCUGCCCUACCAGGGAGACACCUCCAUGAUGAUCGUGCUGCCUGACGAGGGCAAGAUGCAGGAAGUGGAGGGCUACAUCUCCAGCGACUACAUCAAGCACUGGCACGACUCCCUCUUCAGAAGCUCGGUGGAUCUGUCCCUGCCCAAGUUCUCCAUCUCGACGGAGACCUCUCUGGGAGACGUGCUGAAGGAGAUGGGCGUCACCAAAGCCUUCGCCGACGACGCCGACUUCUCCGGCAUGUUCGACGAGACCAGGGUCAAAGUCUCUAAGGUGUCCCAUAAGGCGGUGCUGAGCGUGGACGAGAAGGGCACGGAGGCGGCGGCAUCCACCACCAUCGAGAUCAUGCCCAUGAGCCUCCCCGACACCAUGGAGCUCAACCGCCCCUUCCUGGUCCUCAUCGUGGAGAGCUCCACCAAGAGCAUCCUGUUUAUGGGGCGCAUCAGCGACCCCACCGCCGCCUGAGGAGAGCCGCCCGCGCCGGGGAGCCUGACGCCACCCAGAAGAUAGCCCCGUAGUUAGGCAGCUGUUCGUUCACUGCUAGCUGUUAGUUUACGGCUAGCUAUCUGUUGGCACCCAUUUACUGCCGUAAAUCUAUAGAUACAUGGGUUAAGAGGACUUUGUAUGUUAGUAGGACUUUGCGUGUGAGAGUGUAUGUGUGUGUGUGUGAAUGUCUGUGUGUGCAUGAAUGUGUGUUUGUCUACAUCAUUUUGGGAUUGUGUUUAGCCUACCUCUGAAUGGUUGAUCACCGCUAGCUCACAUCUUCAUGUUCACGGGAAACGAGACCUUCUUAGAAGAGCCCAGGGUGGUGGAGGAGUGAGGAGGUGUGAGGAGGGCGAAGCACGCCUCCAGCUCACUGUGUAUCCCUCCACGGCCCAAUCAGAGCCAGGUCCGUGUUUCUGAUCCGUUUUCUUCUACCAUCGCUGUAAAAUUAAAGUUUGGGAAAAACCGAA